UGUCAUAUAGUGUGAAGAAAUAUAGGGAAAAUAUUAUUGAGGCAAACACUUGCUAUAGGGGAUUUUCGUCUUGGCAUAGACUGACUAAUGCUUGUGGCAUUGGCGAGAAAGAUAGUUAAUUUUUUAUUUUUAAGACAAGCUUGCGGUAAAAUUCAAGGCUUAGGAUCAAAAGUCUCGCACAUUUCUCUAUUUUCAUUUUACUCUAAUAUACUUCAAUGUUUUCAUUUUCUGCUAGUUUUCCGAUUUUUAUUCUCUUAA